AUGUCUGACGCCACAUCCUCCAAGCCGCAAAUCUUCUCGAUCCAGGACCUCAAGCAGGCCGCAUCGGACAAGAUGUCUCAGAUGUACAGAGACUACUACAACGGCGGGGCCAUGGAUAACAUCACUCUGGCGAAUAAUGAGGCUGCGUUUGACCGGUACUUGCUUCGUCCUCGCGUACUCCGUAAUGUUUCAAACAUUGAUAUGACUACUACCCUCUGGGGCACCAAGGCAGCGUUGCCUCUCGGUGUCUCUCCGUCGGCGAUGCAUCGUCUUGCGCAUGCUGAUGGAGAGGUUGGAACUUCGAAAGCUUGUGCUGCGCGCCACGUACCCAUGAUUCUGUCAGCUCUGUCUAACGAUACCCUCGAGGAUGUAUCUGGACAGAGUUCGGAUGGAUCGACGCCCUAUGCUAUUCAGGUUAGCCCGUUCAAGAAUCGGCAGAUCACCACCAACUUACUCAACCGUGCCAAAGCUGCCGGGUAUAAAGCUGUUGUAUUGACAGUGGAUGCUCCCAUGUUUGGCAGGAGAUUGGAUGAUCUGCGAAAUGGUUUCAGCUCUGGUGGAUUGGGUGGCGGUAUUCCCGACCUCUCCUUUGAUACCAGUGCGACUUGGGAAGAAAAGAUUGCAUGGAUGAAAAGCCAGACUGACCUUGAGAUUUGGGUCAAGGGAGUUACAUCUCCCCUAGACGCCCAGAUUGCCAUAGAGCAAGGCGUUGAUGGCAUCAUCAUCUCAAACCACGGAGGUCGACAGCUAGAUACUACCCCAGCAACAAUCGACAUCCUCCGCGAGAUCGCACCUAUUGCUAAGGGCAAGACGCGCAUUGCCAUCGACGGUGGCUUCCGACGUGGCUCUGAUAUUUUCAAGGCUGUUGCGCUCGGUGCUGACUUUGUCUUUGUCGGCAGAAUCGCCAUCUGGGGCCUUGCAUAUGAUGGUUCUAAUGGUGUUGGCUUGGCACUGGACUUGCUGAUCAACGAAUUCAAGCUAUGUAUGGGACUUGCUGGAUGCAGCAAGAUUAGCGAUAUUAGCCCGGCUCAUCUGUCCAUCCUGAACGCAAGAGGCGUCUUGGAGAGUGUGUACUAG